GAAAAAUCGAUGAUUGCCUUUCAUUUACUUCCUCACAAAGUGUUUUAUAAGUCUCCCAAGUUGGAGAAGUUUACGCAAUCUAUUAAACAUCCUUUUUAUACAAGGCAACAUGGAAGGAAAUACUCCAAUUCUGUUGGAUAUAUUAGGAGGACCUUGAAGAGUCAGGUUCUUUGUCUUUUGGCAAAGGAAGAUGGUGUGUCUGAUUUAUGCGUUUCCUUCUUCGGUGCUGGUUAUGUUGGCUUGGUUUCAAGUGUUUGUCUUGCUGACUAUUGUAAAAAAGUAUACUGUUUGGACACCGACAAAGAAAAAAUUGCAAGUCUUCGGGAGUUACAGAUCCCAAUCUAUGAACCUUUACUAGAAGAUAAGUUGCGAAAAAAUUAUGAAUCGAAACGACUUGUUUUCUUGAGCGAGACUUUUGAUUUGGCUAUUCGUGAUUCUGAUAUACUGUUUAUCGCAGUGGGAACACCGAGUCGACGUGGAGAUGGCCACGCGGAUUUGUCCUAUGUAUUUUCAGUAGCAGAAUUGAUUGCCGAAAUGUUAACUCCAGGUUAUACUUUAAUAGUCAUUAAGUCGACAGUACCUGUCGGUACUUGUAAUAAGGUACAAGAGUUGAUGAAGGCUAAAGUAAAAUCUUCCAAAGUUCAGUUCGACGUGGUAUCUAAUCCGGAGUUUCUUAGACAAGGGAGUGCAGUUGAGAACUUUUUGCAUCCCGAUCGUGUCGUAGUUGGCGGCUGCGGUUCAGUAGGAAGUCCGGCCAGAAAGCGAAUGGAAAUUUUAUACUCUCCAUUUGUAAAAGACAAAGGAACGCUCUUAUUUACAAGCUGGGAAGAAGCAGAAAUGAUUAAAUAUGCAGCCAAUGCUUUUCUUGCACUUAAGAUUCAAUUCACUAAUGAGUUUGCAGACUUUUGUCAACUGGUCAAUGCCAACAUUUCGGUUGUUAUGAAGGCGAUAGGUUUGGAUGAGAGAAUUGGCAGUCAUUACCUGCAACCAGGACCAGGUUUCGGUGGCUCUUGUCUACCAAAAGAUAUUCGUGCCUUGGUACGAAGCGCGCAAGAAUAUAGUUGUUCGAUGAGACUCUUGGAAAGUGUUAUAGAUGGCAAUGAAGUGCGAAAAAGACGAAUAGCGCAGUGGAUUGCAACUUUAGCCGAUGGAAGUUGUACAAAGGAAGAUGUUGGAAUUCCUUUGCACGGACAUCAUACAAACUCAACAACAAUUAAUGUGUAUGGGAAGAGAUUUGCCAUUCUUGGUCUGACUUUCAAAGCCAACACCGAUGAUCUUCGGGAAUCUCCAGCCAUCUAUGUCGUCCAAGAACUAUUAUCAUUGGGUGCUCUCGUUUCUGUCUACGACCCUCAAGUAAAGGAGGAGUCUGUGAUAAGACAUUUCGAGAAUUUUCGAGGAUUUCCUCUGAAUAUUUGUGAAGAUACUUAUACCGCUUGCAAAGAUGCAGAUGUUACUGCUAUUCUCACCGAGUGGGAGGAAUUCCGCAACUUGGAUUGGAGCAGACUAUACAACAUUGUGUGAACAAGGCUUUUGCUAUUACUCAGUGGGCCGA